AUGCCUGAACAAGUCAACUGCCAAUACGAUUGCCACUGCUCCAACUGUGCUUGUGAAAAUACUUGCAACUGCUGUGCCAAGCCAGCAUGUGCUUGCACAAACUCUGCUUCCAAUGAAUGCUCCUGCCAAACUUGCAAGUGUCAAACAUGCAAGUGCUAA